UGAUCUUCUUCUUCAUCAUCAUCGAUUAAUCAAUCGCCCUUUACUUUCUUCCAAUAUUCGACAUGAAAAAGCAGCACCUUUCUUCCACUUUUCCAUUUUAUAUCCCCCAACUUUUGUUCCCUUAUUAAAGGCCGCAUGCAGCACCUAAGCUAAGCAUAACUUGUUCACUCACACUUGCACACACAUAGGGAGAAAAAAAGUGUGAAGCUCAGAAUCUGAAUUGUUUAGCUUAUUAAGUACUCACUCUAUUCCAUUCUCUACCUCUUCAACAUGACAGGGAAGAGAAACCAGACAACAACAUCAUUAACAACAGCAACAACAACAAGUCCUGUGGGAAGUCCAACUUCUGGUAACAUCUCAGACAGCUCCUCAAAAGAACAAGACAGGUUCCUCCCCAUAGCCAACGUUAGCCGCAUCAUGAAAAGGGCACUCCCGGCCAAUGCAAAAAUCUCCAAGGAAGCCAAAGAAACAGUUCAAGAGUGUGUGUCUGAGUUCAUCAGCUUCAUCACCGGUGAGGCCUCCGACAAGUGCCAGAGGGAAAAGAGGAAGACCAUCAACGGUGAUGAUCUUCUCUGGGCCAUGACAACCUUAGGGUUUGAGAACUAUGUUGGACCCUUGAAGCUCUACCUCAACAACUACAGGGAAACUGAGGGAGAAAAGAGUUCCAUGGCCAAACAAGAUCAAGAACACUCUCCGACUCAUCAAACCAAUGAUGGUUCUGCUGCAACCAAACCAGACUUCAACUCUUUCGGUGCUGCCUUCUAUUCCGUGGGGCCUCAAGUAACUCCUCCGAAGAGCUUCACAGAUAUUGGAGGAAUCAAUGGUUAUAGAGACACCUCCAUCAACAGUGUCAUUGCUCAAAGUGCGGUCAGUGGUGAUCAAGAUUCCACUGGUAACAGAAUGAUGCCACCCAACCUACGUUAUAGGGUUGAAUGGUAGAUGUCACAACCAUACCCAUUUCAUAUCAUAUCAUAUAUAAUAUCAAUAAUAUUCUUAUUACGAUCUA